AUGACUACUGCAUACACAUACUCUGACCUAAUUUAUCGCCUGAAUGAUCUCGAGCGUCUGGCGAACCCGCCACGGAAAGGCGAGCGCGGCGGCUGCAUGUCGAGCUACGACCGCCGCUCGCGGUAUGAUCCCGAUACAGAUACAUACAUUGACUGGGAUGCCAAUGAUGAUGGCACCGGCUACAUUCGUAAGGAGGAUGAUUGGAUUGUCGCGUUCGAGCAGGAGGGCCCUGGGGUUAUCUGGCGCGUUUGGUCAGCCAAGGCGGAUACAGGAAACAUCCAGAUUUUUAUAGACGACGCUACUGAACCGGUUGUCGACGAGCCUUUCCGCGACUUAUUCGAGAAGUUCAACAAUGACUUUCCACCGAUGAAUUUCCCGUCCCUGGUGCCGACUUUGUCCCGUGCCCGCAAUCGUUUCAUCCCAAUUCCGUACAAUCGUUCGUGCAAGAUCCGCCUAGCGCCUGGAUGGGGCAUGUACUUCCACUUCACUUACACGACAUUCCCGGAAGGGACGACUUUGCCAAUCUUUACCAACACUUUCGAUCGCGAAUCAUGUCUAGCUCUAGCAGACGUCGACAGAAAGCUCGGACAGCGCGGAUGGGAGUCGCUCCCACGGGGCGAAGCAGACUCGUUGGAUCACUUCAGUGUCACUAUCCCUGCAGGUGGAACCGUUACGGCUCGCGAGAUUCUCGGUAAUCGUGCUAUUACUGGUAUACGUAUAGUUCCGCUAAAUCUUCCCGAUUCCAAAGCUGAUGUUGCUCGCGUCUUGCGAGAGCUGACGCUCCAGAUCACAUGGGAUGCCGAUGCAGACCCAAGUGUAUGGGCGCCUUUGGGUGACUUCUUUGGCAGUGUGCCUGGCUUGCAGACUUAUAGGUCACUACCAUUGGGCUCUACUUCCGGUGGAGGCUUUUACAGUCAUUGGUUUAUGCCUUUUUCGCAGCGCGGCCUCAUUGCAGUGUCGAAUGACGGCGAUGAAGAUCGCCAGCUCUUCUUCACCAUUUGCCACAAGCCUUUGGAGCAGUCAGCUGACGGCCUCCUUCGCUUUCAUGCCAAGUGGCACAGGGACAUCUUCCUUGAGAAGCCGCAGAAAGAGGGUCGUGACAUCGACUGGACUCUUUUGUUACUCGACAACGGGCCUGGACGUUUCUGCGGAGUUCAAAUGCAUGUCUGGAAUCACUGGAGCGAUCCUGACCCGCCAGCUAAGGACUGGUGGUAUGGCAAUGGAGGUAGUAAGUCUAUCGACUGGUGGUGGGGUGAAGGGGACGAGAAGUUCUUCGUUGACGGCGAGAAAUUCCCCUCGUCUUUUGGAACUGGCUCUGAGGACUACGUUGGAUAUGCCUGGGCCGCCGAACCGCCUUUCCCAAUGUUUGACAGUCCGUAUGCAUGCCAGCCAUUUGUGGAACUCAACGCCAAUGGACACACAUCUGUGAAUCGAUUUCACAUCUGCGACGAUAUCCCUUUCCAAACCGACUUUGGUGGGUACAUUGAGAAGUACAAAGGCAAUACCUGGGGCGAGAAAAAUAGCUGUCUCUAUGCAGUAGUUGUUUACUGGUACCAGAAACCUGGCGGCAAAGAUCCGUAUGGUUCUUGGCCACUCAGCGAGCGGUACGUUGGUGAACCCAAUGAGCCUGAUCAAGCGUGA